UUUAAGCACUGCCACGCUGGAGCGGGAUAGUUCAGUAGUGUUCGCAAAGCUUUGAAAUCGAAAAUGUACAAGCUGCUGCUGAUUGUCGCCAUUCUGCCGGCCCUCGCCUUCGGCCUAACGCCGUUCCGUCCGUGCCGCGACGGAGGUCCCAUUCCAGCUUCGGUUAACAUUGAAGGUUGCACAUUGCUUCCUUGCCGGGUCGUUUCCGGUAGCCCACUGAUUGCGCAUGCGACCGGUAUUCGUUCGCCGGUGGCCACCCCGACGGUGAAAGCCCACAUCGUUGCCCGGCUGUUAGGAUUGGACGUCGGUUUCAGGAUUCCGGAGGAUUUGGCCGAUGCUUGUGCCGUUGGUAUUACUGGGGCGUCGUGUCCGCUCAGCGUUGGCCAGGAGUUUGAUUACACGCUCAACUAUGCUAUGACGCUACCUCUGACCGGUAUUACUGCGCAGGUAGAGGUUGGUCUAACUGCCGCUGACGGUAGCUUGAUCACGUGUAUCGAAAUUGAUGCCCAAAUUGAGGCCUAAUUUUGCAUCGCUGCUAGUAGUUGUAUAAUAGUUGCGUUUCAAUAAAACCACAUUCGAAAGAUGUGC